AUGGGUAUCCUGGGUCAUCACGAUCUCACCCCGGUGGCCGAGCCUAUCGCCAUAUUCGACCAAUUUGUCAAGAUAGAGCCACAGACAUUAGUCCUGAGAGAAAAGGUGCUCUCUGUCACUGGGGACAGCUUCGAAAUCAAGCUGGCCAAUGGUGAGACACUUUUGAAAGUGCACGGUGCCUGGGUAUCGCUUUCUGGUCGCAAGAAGGUCGAGGAUGCCCAUGGCAAUCACCUAUUUGAUAUUGUCAAGGAGCAUUUACAUCUCCACACGACCUUUGCGAUCGAAGACACCCACCGCAAGAAAGUUUGCGAGGUGAAGAGUAAUCUCACUUUGGUCGGCUCCAAAGCCACUGCCACUUUCACUGAUGCUAACGACAAGGCAAGAGUUUUCAACAUGAAAGGAGGCUGGUUUGAUCACAGUGCCGAUAUUGUUGAUGAUAAGUCUGGACAGACUGUGGCUCGUAUUGACCGAAAAUUGCUUAGCGGUCGUGAUCUUGUAUUUGGCCAGCAGACCUACGCCGUCGUUGUGGCACCUGGCGUGGAUGCAGCACUGAUCGCUGCCCUGUGUAUAUGUUUCGAUGAGAAGAACAAUGAGGAGCGUGGCGAGUAG